AUGGUCGACGUGAAGGUGCCGGGGGCAACAGUGCCACUGCCUUUCAACGAGACGCUGGGCGAGACGAUACCCGCAGACACACCUCACGUGAGUGUAUACCCCCUUGGCUCACAGUCGUACACAGCGCUGAAUACCAUUAGGCAGUAAGCGUAUCAUUACCGACAUGGCGCUCCAACGUGGGCUACGAAGAGGGCGAGGACUGGGUCGUUCAGAAGAUGCAAUGCGGUUAUCCGAGGUAAAUUGCCCUCGUCAUCCCCAACACUACCCAUUGCCCAGAGGAUUUUCACACUCAGUCGUUUCUACUGGACACACGCCGCCAUUUGCUAAUGGUUUCCCAGGUUCUUCAUUCACAAAUCCAUCCAGAAGCUCGCUCAAAGUAUUGUGGCGGCUCAUGGCUCGCCUGAGACUGACUUUGCCAUGCUAUUACCCUCCAAGAGAUGUGCUGCUCGCUGCAAAGAGUUCCUUGAGCGCCAGAACCCCAAUUUUGACCCACAAACCAUACGGCAUCUGAAUUUCGUGCCGGACUCCAAGAAGUCCGGUUCUGAGACUGACCGCAUUCUCCCAAAAGUCUCAGCGAUUAUCUAUCAUAAGGAAUUGUGGCCCACUGCGAAGGCUUUCUGGCAGCACACUGGAGAAGGUAUUCAGAGUCGACGAGCCGAGUUCUGUCAGCGAGCCUUCGACGAGAAGACACUUGUCGAAGAGAGCUCGCUCACUCCUCCUCAAACGCCACGUCUCGCCAAGGGACCGAGAAGGUACCAGAGGCCCAUGUCAGUCGACCACAGCGGAUCCAACGGUGCGGGCGAUGCAAACCAUACAAAUGGAGACGACCCUAUCACCAACGGCGAAGGCGUCAUGGACACUACUCAGUUUGUUGAAGAGCGCUUUGGACGUAAUCUCAGUCCUCGAUUCGCAGCACAAGCCAAAGUCGCCAUUCGGAGACGAAUUGCUGGAUCUCUGACAGCAGAUGUCGACCUCCCUCAGGCCCUCGAAGAGCCUGCAGACAAGGCCAGAGAUGUCCCUGGCUUCUCCGUCGAAGAUGUCUAUCUGUUUCCCACAGGCAUGAACUCAAUUUUCACUUCCCAUCGCAUUCUCCGACUCGCCCGCGGUGAACUCCAAAGCAUAAUGUACGGCUUCCCAUACGUUGACACUCUCAAAGUUCUUGAGAAGUUCGGCGCCGGAGCCCUGUUCUAUGGCUAUGGCGAUGCUUCCGAUAUCGACAAUCUCGAAAAACGCCUCGAAUCUGGCGAGCGCUAUCUUGCUUUAUACUGCGAAUUUCCCGGAAACCCGCUGCUCAAGACUCCUGACCUCAAACGUCUGCGCAGCCUUGCAGACAAGUAUUCCUUUGCGAUUGUAGUCGACGAAACGAUCGGAAACUUCCUCAACGUGCACGUUCUCCCCUACGCAGACAUCGUCGUCAGCUCUCUCACAAAGGUCUUCUCCGGAGACAGCAACGUCAUGGGCGGAGCCAUGAUCCUGAACCCCCGAUCGAAAUACUAUCAAGACCUCAAAGGGGUCCUGGAAGAAGAAUACGAAGACAACCAAUUCGAAGAAGACGCCGUUUAUCUGGAACGCAACAGCCGCGAUUUCGUCACGAGGAUCAAACGAAUCAAUCAUAACGCGGAGAGUAUUGCGGAAAUCCUCCUUUCAAGUCCGAAAAUCAAAAAAGUCCAUUAUCCCAAGUACUCCCCAACGAAGGCUCUCUACGAUGCUUGUCUUCUCCCCGAAGGAGGCUAUGGCGGGCUUCUUUCUGCCACUUUUUUUUCCGUCGAGGAUGCGGCGGUCUUUUAUGAUCACCUGGAUACGGCCAAGGGUCCCUCGCUCGGUACGAAUUUCACUCUGACGUCGCCUUUCGUCUUAUUGGCGCAUUAUGGAGAGCUGGAAUGGGCGGCAAAGUUUGGGUGUGACGCUAGCCUGGUGAGGUUUUCCGUGGGAUUGGAGGAUACCGAAAAGCUGGUGAAGAUUUUUCAGGCGGCGUUGGAUGCUGUGCCGGAGAGAACAGGAUAG